UACAACGCGUGAAUUACAUCUUGUUACUCCGUAAAUCCUCCUGAACAGAAACCAUUUCGAGUCUGAAGCAAUUUGUGAGAUGAGCCUUACAUGAACCCACCACCGCGUCGAGUUGCGCCCUGUGUUUAGGAUAUACCAGCAACCGAAGCUUUGCCUGAGAGCAAUAAUGAUAUCAACAUUGAUCCAUUCACCUUAGGUACGAAACGUAUUCAUUCGAAAUGGCGACUCCGACAGCAAGCAAGCACGCGCCCACACAGGUGGUCGCGACUCCCCCAGUAUCGACACCCUUUUCAGCCUCGAACCAUCAUCCAGCCUUCUCCCCCCACGGCCCGCGCUCUGUUGUCCCCUCACCUCAGCAGUUCAAAAAAUCCCCUGCGAAUUCGAAUACAUUAUAUGGGUACCCCAGUGGAAGUGGAGGCGGACAUCCUACGACCUCCUCUUUUGGGGGCUACGACAGUCCUUCUGCCGCAUUGGCUCUGGGUGGGGUGCCAGGUCUAGCUGAGUUGGGGCUUGAUGGGAUGAGUGCGCCGGGUAUGGGAGGUCUAGGCGGGCCUGGAAGAGGAGACGAGGAUGACAGGAAGAGGAGAUUGCAGCAGGUUUUGGAGAUCUUGAAGACGAAUAAAGGACGCCUGAGCGAAGCUGGCAUUGAGAGAUUGGCUCGGAGGGUCGGAUUGGACUGUGUAUGGGAGGAUCAUAUGGGAAGUGGCGGCAGUACGAGGACACUGAUCAUUGCGGGUUCGGCAUUGGCUCUCGACAUCGACUUCUCGAAUAAUGUGGUCAAGAAGGUGUCCUUGUCGUUCCCCGAAUCUGCAGAGAUUGUCACAAGGCAUACGCAAAAGGCGGGAGAUAUUCUUCUACGGGAUCUGCAGUUUGGCCCGAACGAGAGCCCGUUGACGAAGAUGCUGGAUAGAUUCGCCGCGAAUUUGGAAAGGUUGGCUACGCUGGACAAACUGAGUGUUAUACCAGGUUUAAAUUGCCACGAAGCCAUCGCGGGAAUCUACGAGAGUCUUGAGAGAUUACAUAAAUGGGAGGUUGCACGGUUGAAGGAGCAAGACAAUAUGGCAGACAAAGACGAUGAGUAUAUUGGUAGGACAGCAAUGUGUAAGAGGAGUGGGAAACCGAUCAUGCAUACAAGAGACAGGCUUGGAUUAAGCAUCGAUUACUGGCAAGAGCGGCAUCAAAUCAAGUCCAAGAGCCUAAGCAGAGACAAGGAAAAGACCUGGGCCCUCUUGAUUGAGUGUGCUUCAUUGCCUGCUUUAGUUUACACCCCUAUUCGAGUAUCCGAAAAGUGGAUAUCUCCGGAGAUACUCAAGGCAGAUCCAGCGGCUGAGGAUCUGUUACUGACGGCAGAGGAUGGCCCGGUAUUGGAUUGGCUCCAACCAGAGAACACCAUGCUUCCCUCAACAGAGCCCCCUAAGGCCGAUGCAAUGGAGGGAAUAGAUCAAGCGUCAGGCCAGAAGUUUCCCGAGGUCAUGUUCAUCGCCAAAUUUGAUCCGCCUUUAAUCGUACCUUAUGGGGUGGCAAUGCAAAUCUACGGUUCUGUCAACGCACCUUUGGACAUGUAUCAAACGAGCACUUUUGAUGGGCUCAUGUUUCCCCCUGGACCAGAAGAUAAGUCUGAGCCGGGGGAGGCUCGGAUGAUCAAGCAGCAGACGACAGUUUCAGUUUUUGAUGAAAACGGAGAGAAAUCGACAAAGAUACACAAGAACACUCUAUUCAUCGACAAGAUCGACUAUGGACGAACAUUAACAGAGCUCCCCUUUUCUCAUCCAAGGCAACUGGUGGAGAUGCUACCUCGUCUUCGACAGUAUGCUUUCUUAUCGACCCUACUCAGAAAUAGCUUCAACCCCGAAAAGGCCAUCCCCGAGGAAGAGAAGAAGUCUCCUGGAAAGACUAAAAUGGACAAAUUUGCGGAAUUCAUGUCCCCAGCUUCGGCUGAAGAAAUAUCAACGCUUCCUCUUGACGUGUCCUUGACAACUCAACCCCUUAGUCUGAAACUCGUGUUUCCUUUCAAGGAUCGAACGGCCAAUGUAAGGUUUGAUAUAAAUCUCAAUGGGGCGGUGGAUGUCAAAGAGCAGAAUUUGCUUGAUGAAGAUGCGAUGGACGAUGGCAAGAGGUUAACAGUGGCUGACUUGGGGAGAAUGCUGGAGAUAGCAGAGGACUUGGGUAUAUGGGCUGAGUUUGUCAGGAGGCGUUUAGGGUAAUGUGUGGUUGUGAUACCCAGAGAUUAGUUGUCUCAAGCUCAAGGAACGGGCAAAUAGGAAGCUGCUUCUUAACGUGGUCAGCUAAGCCUCCUACCAUAGGUCUAGUCUCUAUCUUAUGUUACUCAAAAAUACUAUAUCCCUCCGAC